GACCUAGAAAACACAUACAUCACAAGUUUUCUUGUAGAGCAAAAGAAACACCAUCUAAAUAUCAGAGAGAACUUGGAGCGUUUAGCAGCAGUAUUUUUCGAUGGCUACUUCGAUUUCUGCAACUGGGUUUAAGGGAGGUUUGGGGACUUCAUUUAAGGGAAGUUGGGGUGCUUCAAUCGUUGGUGAAGACUAUGCCAUGUUGAUCAAGUCAGUGCCAAACCAUGUUAGAGUUGGGAAGCCAGUGAAAUUGCCUCCCAUGAUGAAGAAUGUUAAUGAAGGAAAGGGGGUUUUUGCACCUGUUGUUGUUAUCACGCGUCAAGUAAUUGGCAAGAAAAGGUUCAAUCAGCUAAGAGGCAAAGCAAUUGCCUUGCACUCACAGGUGAUUACCGAAUUCUGCAGAUCAAUAGGAGCAGAUGCAAAACAAAGGCAAGGACUGAUUAGGCUGGCCAAGAAGAAUGGAGAAAGACUUGGAUUCCUUGCUUAAAAAAAGGAAACGAUUUCUCCCUUUGUCUUCUUCGUGUACCACGCUUUUCUACUCCGCUGCUCAUUUGAGGACUUUCAGAUGUAAAUACUCUCUUCAUCUGGGUCCCCUGGAAUCACCAUGUUAACGACACUGUACUCCUACUUCACUCUUCGUUUUACCUGUAAUAUUGUUUUUAGAUUAUUAAAGCUUCAUCAAAACUUAUACAUUGCUAGUGU